CUAUUAGCAAUGAACGAAUUCUUCCACGCUGGUGAGAUGAUCAGCUUUGACGAGGCCGAUCUGAUGGUGCGUAUAGAAUCGGCGGAGAGCUUGAAGGCCGAGUUUGAUAUCAGCCAGUCAAGGCUAGAAAAAUUAGAUUUGCUCGAGCUUUCAACGGACGCUCGCUCAGACUUCGAGAAGGUUUACUGGAAGAUCAAAUCCACUCUCGCUCGUCAAAUGGACAUAGUCACUAAGGGACGUAUGACUGACGCCAAUUCAACAACUAUCCCACGCUUUGCUGAAAGUACGCACACAUUUGCUCACUCGUUCAACCGUAAGUCUCGCCUACCGGAAUUGCAGCUGCCCAGGUUCAGCGGCUCCUACGAGGAUUGGCCGGAUUUCUACGCCAUGUACAAGACUGUCAUUGGCAGCAAUGAGGACCUGAGUAAGAUUGAGAAAUUACAACAUUUACGUGCGUGCUUGGAUGGUGCUGCUCUCAACACAAUCAAAUCGUUAGAGCCUGUCGACGUGAAUUACGACAAGGCGUUGGAGUUACUCAUAAAGCGUUUUGAUAAUAAGUUGCUACAUUUUCAGGGCCACGUGCGGGCUAUAGUCGGCCUGCCAGGCGUUGAAAAGGGAUCAGCAGAGGCGUUGCGUGAGUUGAGUGACAAAAUUAACUCUCAUCUUCGGGCGCUUAGCACCAUGUCAACAACUGAGGAGCUGGCUGACGGAUUACUCAUACACACAAUAUCGCACAAGCUCGAUCACCACACCCAGGAAAAGUGGCAGGAAGCGCUUGCAACGGAUAAGCUACCCAGGUGGACGGAUAUGUCGGCGUUCUUAGAGAAGAGAUGCCGCAUGAUGGAAAACUUGAAAGGCGCUACGGCACCUACGCCUAGCCACCAGGUUACCAGAAAUAAAACCCGAAUGACUUGGAGAUACUCACGCCUGGGCACUUCAUCUGGGGCAAAGCCAAUGCCACUAUCGACGAGCCAGACAUAACUCACCUAAGCAUAGGUCGCCUCAGCCGUUGGCAGCGAAUAUGUCACAUGCAGCAAUCAUUUUGGAAGAAAUGGAGUACAUCGUAUUUGUCGUUGCUCCAAGAGCGCGGGAAAUGGCGAUCGUCCAAGCAAAAUCUUCAGGCCGGCAGCAUCGUGCUGCUCAAGGAGGACAAUGCACCACCACUCAGGUGGCCGCUUGGUCGAGUCGACAGCGUCAUCACGGGUGACGACGGCAUUGUGAGAGUAGCAGUCAUUCGUACACAAAAUGGUCUGGUCAAGAGAGCCAUUGCCAAAAUCGCCGUUCUGCCAAUCGAGACCACAUCGGUUGAAAGCUUGUAUCUUCCAACGGGGGGAGCAUGUUCGCAGCAGAACGCCCUCUGAAUAAUAUUAUAUCUGAAUUACAAUAUAUCUUUACUUCUCAAAUCACGAUAUUGAAGUCACAUACUAUUAUUUUUAAACCACCAUAAAAUACCAUUGUAAAUUGCUCACCACUAAUCUAUCGAUAGUUAUUGUUGAAAGUUCGAGAAGUAAAUCACGCAUUACAAGCAGUCUAAA